UUGCGUCAAACGGUCACUCUGGCAGGUGAUAUUCGAACAAAGUAACACAUUUUGUGUACUAAUAUUGACAAAAGCAUAAUAAUUAACUGUAACCUAUCCAUGACCGGGCAAUAUGUCCGCUGCCCAACGUCAGAAGCAGUUUGACAUGAACCGCAGCCGUUCAAAUAAAUUGGUCAGCAACACCAGCGACUCCAGUAACGACAACAACACCAAUGGAAAUACGAAAAAUGUGGUUUCCCCGCAUCAGCGUAAACUGCAAGCAUCGAUGGAACGACUGCAGGUGCAACAGCCGAACACAAGUCGGCGGGCAGCCGGUUCUAACUGGAUGGCCGCAGCUGGAGGAGCUCCACCAGGAUCGGCUCUUGGGAGCGAAAACAACGAGGCCAAGAUGGAAACAUUACCACUUACAAAAUCGGCACGCACGCGCAACCGAAAGAAAGCCCAAAGUAAUCGCUUUUUGGCCAUGGACUGCGAAAUGGUUGGAGUGGGACCCAAUGGACAGGACGACAUGUUGGCUCGAGUUUCCAUCGUGAAUAAAAUGGGUCAAGUGCUGCUGGACAAGCACGUAAAGCCACGUUUGGAAGUCACCGACUACCGCACAAGCGUGUCGGGUAUUCGCCCGCAUGAUAUAGCUAAUGGAGAGGAUUUUGCCACCGUGCAAAACGAAGUAGUAAAGCUACUCCACGGGCGCAUUCUUGUCGGUCACGCCCUGGGCAACGAUCUUGCAGUGCUAAGCAUCCACCAUCCGUUCGAGAACAUCCGCGACACAUCACGCUACAAACCGCUUCGCAAAAUAGUCUCGAAUGGCCACACGCCCAGCCUAAAACGCCUAACCAUGGCCGUCCUGGGCAAGGAAAUCCAGACGGGCGAGCACAAUUCAGUGGAGGAUGCUCGUGCUGCCAUGAGUAUCUAUAAUCGCAUUGCGGCCGACUGGGAGAAGUACCUGGAGAAGAAGCGGCUCCAGCAGCAGCACUACUAGCUAUUAAAUCCGGGAGUCCCACCACACUCAGGGGAAGAACACGGAAGCCUAUAGUUUAAUAUUGUAUACACGAGUUUCAUUUAUGGGAAACUGUUGCCUAAUAUUUAAAAACGUUACAACUCAA